GUGUUGUAGUGACUUGCUGCAAUGGGAUGUCUCAGUUUUGGUACAUGUUUAUUUCUCUGCUCUCUUGUAAUUAAAGGUUCCAGUUCAAAACAAAUAUUUAUACAGACCAACCACAAUCUUGAGUUGCAUGUCUCAAAUAGUCAAAUACAAACUGGUGCAUUUUUUUGGAAAUUCAAUACCAGCAAAAAUAUAAUAACAAUGUAUCCAGAUAAGUCCAAAUACACAGGUUCUGAAUACAAGGACAGAGUGGAGUUCUUGCCUCAAAAUCUGUCUCUGAUACUGAAAAAUCUCCAGCUCAACGACACUGGGUGCUACACAGCUGUGGCAUCUAAAGAUAAGGAUAGCAUACUCGAUACAUUUUUCAUCACAGUUGAAGCCCCAGUGACUAAAGUAAACCUCAGCCUGGACUCUGUGUCCAACAGCUCAGAGUGUAACUUCACUGUGAGCUGCACAACUGAGGUCUACAACAUCAGCCGCUCUUUCACCUGUGACACGCAAAGCUGUGAGCCCCACCCACAAACACCUGGACCCACUGAGCAGCCCCACCCACAAACACCUGGACCCACCUUUCUAGACCUGAAAAGGUCCAAGGAUUCAAUCAUCUGUAACCAUAGCAACCAUGUCAGCUGGACCAUUGUCACCAGGAACUAUCGAGAGUUGUGUCCAAAAGGACACCAGACUGUUGCGUUAUCCACACCCUGGACUGUUGUUCUUGUGUUUGCUUGUGUUUUCUUUUUGGUCUUUGCUGUAGUCUGUGUGCGUAAAAGACAACGGCAGAAUAGAGUGACCAUUCCACAGGCUUCCUCUACGCAGCCUCUUCAGGACAGAGUUUUGGAGGAGGCUCCAUCCUCCAUGUACAGUCUUGUGGGAUCCCACACUGCCACGGCUCCUGCCACGGCUCCUGCCACGGCUCCUGCCACGGCUCCUGCCACGGCUCCUGCCACGGCUCCUGCCACGGCUCCUGCCACGGCUCCUGCCACGGCUCCUGCCACGGCUCCAGACCAGAAGCCCGAGAGCCUGUAUGCCACAGUGGACAAGCCCCCUCGACACCAGCACUAGCAUACACCCUGAUUGUGAAGCGUUAGUAUGAAUCCAUUUUCCUGGGUGUGGGUGGAGGAAGUAGAGGCCUGAUCAGGGAUACUCAGACUUUGGUACUACUUUAUUAAUAACUAUAGCUUAAUUAACCUUAAUAA